AUGAUCUCGCCCGGUACGAUCCGCAAAAAGAGAAACUUCAAGAACCUGGCACUUGACGAGUCCGCGAACGUAAAUGCACCCCCAGGCGGAAGCGCCCAUCUGCACAACUUGCCGGUGGCUCGAGGUCAGGCGCCCGCAGGAGCAGUGGCGGGAGCAGGAACAUCACAAUUUUCGCGCAGGGAGCCUCUACCGGACCUCGAGCUCGGCGUUGAAUUCAAGCUGGAUCUCAGGAGCGAGGACCUGCAAACCCUGGAGGAGCUCGGUGCUGGCAAUGGCGGCACGGUCAGCCGUGUGAUCCAUCUGCCCACGAAGGCUAUCAUGGCACGAAAGGUGAUCCAUAUCGAUGCUCAACCUGCAGUCCGGAAGCAAAUCCUGCGCGAGCUCCAGAUCAUGCACGACUGCAAUCACCCCAAUAUCGUCUCAUUCUAUGGCGCGUUUUUACAUGAGAGUGAAAUUUCCUACUGCAUGGAGUACAUGGACGUCGGAGCGUUGGACGGCAUUUGUGCAAAGAACGGCUCCUUUCCCAUGGAUGUUAUCGGCCUCAUCACGGUCUCGGUUCUCAAGGGUCUGAGCUAUCUUUAUAAUAACCACAAGAUUGUCCAUCGAGAUCUCAAGCCCUCGAACAUCCUUAUCAACUCUACAGGAAUGGUCAAGAUCUGCGACUUUGGUGUCUCUGGACAACUUGUCAACUCGAUUGCCAAUACAUUUGUUGGAACCAGCAACUACAUGUCGCCUGAAAGAAUCCGUGGAUGGAACUAUGGUGUACAGUCGGAUGUCUGGUCACUAGGCAUCACGCUCAUGGAGUUGGCGCUUGGAAGGUUCCCACUGGAUGCCGAGUGCAAAUCGCUCACGAUUUUGGAACUACUUCAGCAUAUCGUGAACGAGCCCUUGCCCACACUCCCCCGUAGCAAUUUCCCAGAAGACUUUUGCAAUUUUGUCGACAUAUGUUUGGCCAAGAACGUAGAGUCAAGACCAUCACCCGACAUGUUAGCUAACCACGCAUACUACAUUCGCGCAGAACAGGAGGAUGUCGACAUGGAGCAAUGGGUUAGCCGUUUGGUCAAGUAG